AUGAAGGAAGACAGAAUGAGCAAUCUCUCAGAUGAUAUUCUUCUACUCAUCCUCGAUAAAAUCAACACAUUUGAAGCCGUUAAAACCAGCAUCCUCUCCCAUAGAUGGAAAAACCUGUGGUGUCACCUCCCCCGCCUCCGCUUCCUCUUCAUCUUCGCUACCGAAUACGCCAUCCACGAACUCCACCUCUCACCACUCGACGCUGACACGGAAUCCGUGGAGAAGUGCGUGCUCUUUGCCAUCAAUCACGGCGCCGAAUCCCUCCGCCUCCUCGCGCCCACCAGCCUCAAACUGAGGCUUCCAGCAGCGUUUCUCACCUGCGAGACGCUGCAGGAGCUCGAGCUCUGGAAUCCGUACGGCUCGGUCAAACUACCGCAACGCCUAUUUUUACCAAAUUUGAAAACCUUUCAUCUCGAAACCCUUCUGGUCUUCGAUGAUGAUGACAUCAGCAUGGAGCCCUUUUCCGGGCUCCCGGAGCUGGAGAAGCUUACUCUGAUCAAGUAUUCGCGGGAUGGCAUUGUUAUAAAGGCUCCAAAGCUUCGACUUCUUGAAAUCAUCGAUAUCCCUAAAGUGGAAGAGAUUUCUGCCCCGUUGCUUACCUCGUUUAUAUACCGUGGUAAUAAGGCUUGGGAAUGUGAAAAGGUGAAUCUCCCAAUGUUGGAACAAGUCUACGUACACAUUUAUAACCAUCGUUAUUGUGUCAAUCAUAACAACUUUAUAAGGAUGUCUGAUCAAUUAUUAGGGAAUGCCACCACAUAUAGAUUUGAAUUUGGAACUCACUUACAGGGUCUUGAACACAAUGAUGGCCCCUUCGAGGUGAAGAAAAGAGGUAGCCUAUUACGCUCAGUGUUUCGGUGUUUCAGGGAGUAA